AUGUCGCGUAUGACAUUCAUCACACCAUGGAAUACCGCUCUUUCGUUUCCGCUCAAGGCGGAGUUACCAUCAUCAGAUCCUUUCUUCAGGGCAAUCCCGACGAUUACCGUCCUCCUUGACGACGACGCACUCCCGAACAGGGGGCUGUGUGACCAAGACGAGCACUCGAUCCAGUGGCUCACGGAUCCUCACAUCUUUGCGCGCUCGCUCUGGAGGACGGCUGCAUUGCACUACACAGGCGACAGAGACGGAGAGGUAUACACGAUGUCUAGUCCUGCUGUCAUGGCUGGCGAAUUCAAGCCAUACUCGCCGAGGCCCAAGCAUGACAGGUUGUCUUUCGGCUCUCAAUGGAAAGGCAAGGCCAAAGAGGAUAGACCAUGGCAGAUAGAGUGGUGGGAUCUGUGUUCCUUGGCUGAGGGGAAACCACCCCCUCUUGCUUGGUCACGGUCAUCGACCAUAUUCACGGCUCACGCUAGUGAGCCGAAAAUUGUCGCCCGUCUGUUUCCUUCUUCGAAGCCGUGUACUAUACCAUCCCCACCACAGAUCCUAUCAACGCCGGCGUCGUAUGAACCACCGACCAUCAUAUCCGUAGCGCUCAAUGACGAAUGGCUCUUUGCAUACUUUCCGGGGAAAGACUGUGAUGGCAUAUCGUGUCUGUGGAAGAAAAUGCCGCAAGCGGAUGAAUGGCAAAUAAAGGACUGUUGGACUUGCGCGAGAGGUGCCGGAGUCAUCGCUGCGUCGUGGAUCGGACAAGAGAGAGAGGUCUCUCUUACGAAGGCAGAUCCGAAUACGUACAAUGGCAUGGACCUGAACCUGUCGCUCGACAUGCCGCGCACCCGCUCCUUAUUUGCGGAUGCCAGUCUGGCCCUCGAAUGGGAGACUUGGGGAGAGACCCCGACCAUCGAGCUGUGCGAAGUGGACCUAGACUGCGAUGGUCUCCAAAUGUGUUUGUCCACUACACCGCUGCCUUCUAUAUCUCACCCGCAUCAUCUGUGCAAUAUGGUAUUUGUCCCGACGCCUCCCACAAGCACCGCUUACGACCCGACUGCGUCGCCGGCACUGUCGGUGCGGUCAGGAGGAUCCGUAAAGAAGGAGUCCGAUAGUGGUAGCGUGCACGGCGGAGAUCCUCGCAAACCGGCGUCUUUGUUACUAGCAGCGAUCGUUCUUGAUUUUGGCGACUAUACCUCCACGCCAAAAUCUAAAUUAAUUGUGCAUGCUUUUCGCCGCAAUUCCAUGACAACUCCCAUCCGGCCCGCUUGGUCAUCGCAAUUGCAAGCCUCUCGCUCCUUAGCAUCCGGCAUCGCAACUUUCAUAUCACCUCCCCCUCCGGGGUUAUAUACUGCGGGUUUGCUCGUCGGUGUCAUGGACACUGCGGGGAUAGUGUCCAAAAGCAAAGCUCGGCCUAGGCAGGCGACUUUCGGGACCGUAGAACUCUUGAAGUUGUAUGUCUAUGUCGUCGACUCUGGCUCCGACUGUCCGUUGAUCGCUACCUCUAGAUCUGACUUGAGCAAUAAUGAGAUGUGGGAUCGUUGCCCUCUACUCUGCGGCUCAAACCAGUUGGGCCGAAUCUGUACGUACCUUCCUAUUCAAAGUCACCCCUGUGCCAGGACUCACGAGCAUGAAGUCCCUCAACGUGCAGUGAUCUCACCGAAUCAUAGCCUUAUAUGCACCGUGCCUGCUGCGUUCGAGGCAGAUACACAUCCUGCGGUUCAUCCUUUUCCUUCGCCUACCCAGAGCGAUGGGGGGACGCCGGAAUCAACGAUAUAUAUGCGACGAGCCACGUCUGAUAUCACGUAUCUCCUCUCUUUACCAUCCACCACUCUGCAAGAUGUAGAGGAUACAUUGUAUGCCACUCUGUCCAGUUUCACUAAAUUGGAUGACGGACUCUGGGAGAUGUGGCUGGAAGACGUCCUUGGGGUUGCCAUGGAAUGCUACAGGGCGAGAUCAAGAUCUACGGAAGGUGAAUCCGUCAAGGAGGACUUGGCUCUUCGUUGGCGGACUGCUCACGAUGCGUUGUCCGUCGUCGCUUGUCUGAGUGCUUUCAAGGAUUGUCGAGAUGGGGACAGCUGGGACUUGAGUGAGGCAUCUUCUCUUCUAGAACAAUUCUUGGGUUGGACCAUCCAGUUUCUGGAAAAGUUGAUUAAGGAGUGCAUCCUCUGCGAUACUACGCCUCCCGCGCAAGUGAAGCCGGAAGCCCAUGACGACUUGUUUGGCUCCAACCCUCCAUCGCCGGCCGGCGAACGAGAGCACCCUUUUUCCUACUCAGUGUCGCCGACUCUCUUGCACCUCGCGCAUCCGUAUCUAUUAGGAAAUCUCACGGAUCUGGUUGGACAUCUGAAUAGUUUUAGGAACUACGUGCAACCAUUACCAGCUGGUGGCGAACAUGCCCACCUAGCAAAAGCAGUUUUCCUCGACUUGUUUGAUGCCUCCGCGGUAGACGUUCCAAAGCUACAUGGCAUACUCGACUCACUGAAGACCUCGCAGACCGUUGACCCCGAAGCAUCCUUGAGGAGUCUCGCAUCCUGCAAGCCGCACUUCUCUAUGAACGGGGUCGUGCACCAGGCGGUGCAGAAACUUCUUGGUGCUAAUGUCGCGGACAAGCCACGGCUAUUCAUCAAACCAUCGAGCCUGGUCGACGGACUAACGAAACUCUGUAUGGAAGACCAAGAUCGAAAGGAGAAAGCAAGGGACGUUCUGACAAAGGGCGUCUUAGUGAAUGCUGGCGCUAGCCUGAGGUGUGUGCGAUGCGGUGGGCUCUCGGAAGUGGCUCGGCAGUUCCGUGGCUCAGGAAACUCUUCAGAGCGAUGGCGUGCCUGGGAAAGGAGGUGGACGCUGAACUGUAUCUGCGGAGGAUUAUGGUCGAACGCUAACCACCAUUGA